GUUAACUGUAACAGGAGUUAAGAGUGCUAACAAAACAUUCAGCAAUGACUCUCUCAUCAGACGGAUUAAGGCUAUCAAUGGAAGGGAAACUUUGGAGAUUUUGUUUGACCACAGCCAUUCUGCUCUGUGGCAUUGGCUGCCAAAAUAAUUCAAGUGAACGUCGUUGUAAAGUACUGAUAGUGAACGAUGACACAUAUUCAGGAGUCAUUAGGAAUGGGAAUGAUUGUCCAUCUCAGAAUAACUUUUCAGAUUGGAUAGGGAAUUGUACCUCACAGCAGGAAAUCCAGAGGCUCUGCAUCAUAUCUACUGGAGAGAACACAACAACAUCAGAUAAAUGUCAUCCAGAAUUCCCCAACUGUACAUUUGAAGUGAGGAAAGAUAACAAUUCAUACUUCAUAACUCUGAGUGAAGAUGCUGUCAACACUCAAGAGCUCCACUUGUGGUUUCCACCGAGAAAGAACAUGACAUGUAUUCCAUCACAGUUCUAUCGAAAUACUACAGGUUAUCUGACUACUCCGGUGAAGCCAGAAACCAUUUGUGGAAAGAUGUCAACCUAUGAUGCAGCUGCUUGCAGAAAUAACACCAAAGAUAAAUUCAUUCUUGAGAUCACUGCAGAGGGACCAAAUAGUUGUCUAACAUGUAACAACCCUGUUAAGAAGCCGGACAUGAACAUAGGUUUACCCGGAGGCCCAAUGGAAGGCUCAAAUGGGGUCAUAAGUGCUGAUUUGGCAUCUGAGGCUAUGAAAAAUCUCUUCUCGUUGACUGAGCUGAUGGGAAACGCCAGCACUGCAGCCAUUUCAAUGGGCAAGGUUAAAGGACUCCUUAGUAAACUUCAUAAAGACGACCCCAAGGAUAUCAACUUUGGUUUUUCCCCUGACAAAGAUAUGAGUAUUGUUGAAGACAGGUAUGCUCUGAGGAAAUAUUUCAAUCGAUCUGUGCGUGUGUCCAAGGAAGCCUAUGACAUGGCACUCAAUAAGAGUGGAACUUUUGUCGGGGUUCUUGUCUUUCCCAGCAUGUCCCAGGAUGAAAAGAAGAGCAUCGUUCUAAACGGUGAGGUAGUUGGAAUAGAAAUUGGAGCCCACAUAGCUAAUCUCACAGACACCAUUGAUAUUGAGUACAGAAAUGUUGAUAAGGUGGGAUUCAAUGUCUAUUGUAAUUCUUGGAAUGGCAAAGGAAAACUACCCAAUUGGACCACAGAUGGUUGUCAAACCUUGGAGAGCAACAACAGCAUAACGUGCCAAUGCACUCAUUUAUCAUUUUUUGCUAUACUAAUGUCACCUCCACCAAAGAACAUCAGUGCCUCAGAUGUGGCAUCUCUAACCUACAUUAGCUACAUCGGCUGUGGACUGUCUAUGUUCUUCUUGGGAACGGCUCUCUUCAUGCAGUUUGCGAUGAGCAAAACCAAAUCUAGCCAAGCAACCAAGAUCCUUGUCAACCUCUUCGUGGCUAAGUUUUUCCUGAACCUGACCUUUCUGACCAACGAGACCAUUGCAGGCAUGGGGAGCUAUGUUGCAUGUGUCAUCAUAGCAGCAGUCAUGCACUACUCCAUGUUGUCCACCUUCACCUGGUUCCUCAUUGAGGCGGUCCACUUGUUCCUGCAGCUAAAGAAACGCACCGCUAACAUCAAACAUUAUAUGCUGAAAAUUUACGUUGUGGGAUGGGUCCUUCCAGCUCUAGUGGUCAUCGUCCUUCUGGGACUGCAAAAAUAUACAUUCAUGUCCAUACAAACAGAUGAUGGGAAAUCAGUGAAAAUGUGCUGGAUCACUGACAUCUACAUCCAUUAUGGAGUCAACAUCGGCUAUUACGCCUUGGUGUUUGUCUGGACUUUGACCAACUUCAUCAUUGUCGUGAGACAGAUCUUGAUCCUGAGGAAGACCAAUGUAGGCAAGUGCCAGAACGACCCAGCGUCCAAGGACACCCUGACCAUCCUGGGGCUCCUAUUCCUGCUGGGCCUCACCUGGGGCUUUGCCUUCUUCAGCUACGGACCCAUGGUUAUCCCAUCUUACUACAUCUUCAGCAUCCUCAACUCCUUCCAGGGCUUCUUCCUGUUCCUCUACUACUACAACACCAACAAGAUUGUUGGUGAUGACAGGAACUCUGUAUUCACCGACCAGAGCAGCUCUACUUUUUCAAACAUCUAUGACGACUCUCCCGUUCACAAGAAGUAGCGAAGAUUGGGGCCGAUGGUGUAUCUUACUACACUAGGUUUAUAAUUGCAAUACACUAAGCACAAAAUGUUUUGAAGAUGUUUAAUACUCUAUUUAAUAAAUAGAAAAGUAUGCUUAUCUUUGUUAAAUGUCUGUAAUAUAUGUAUUUAUAUAGUCAAAAGUUUUAGAACGCCUACUCAUUCAAGGGUUUUUCUUUACUUGUACUAUUUUCUACAUUGUAGAAUAAUAGUGAAGACAUCAAAACUAUGAAAUAACACAUAUGGAAUCCUGUAGUAACCAAAAAGGUGUUAAACAAAUCAAAUAUAUUUUAUAUUUGAGAUUCUUCAAAGCAGCCACUCUUUGUCUUGAGGACAGCUUUGCACACUCUUGACAUUCUCACAGCCAGAUUCACCUGGAAUGCUUUUCCAAUAGUCUUUAAGGAGUUCCCACAUACGCUGAGCACUUGUUGGCUGCUUUUCAGUCACUAUGCGGUCCGGUUCAUCCCAAACCAUCUCAAUUUGGUUGCGGUCGGGGAAUUGUGGAGGCCAGGUCAUAUGAUGCAGCACUCCAUCACUCUCCUUCUUGGUAAAAUAACCAUUGUACAGCCUGGAGGUGUGUGGGGUCAUUGUCCUGUUGAAAAACAAAUGAUAGUUCCACUAAGCGUAAACCAGAUGGGAUGGCGUAUCACUGCAGAAUGAUGUGGUAGCGAUGCUGGUUAAGUGUGCCUUGAAUUCUAAAUAAAUCACAGACAGUGUCACCAGCAAAGAACCCCCACACCAUAAUACCUCCUCCUCCAUGCUUUACUGUGGGAAAUACACAUGCGGAGAUCAUCCGUUCACCCACAUCGCGUUUCAUAAAGAUACGACGGUGGGAACCAAAAAUCUAAAAUGUGGACUCCAAACCAAAUUAAAUAUUUACAGCUGUCUAAUGUCUCAUUUCUUGACCCGAGCAAGUGUCUUUUUCUUAUUGGUGUCCUUUAGUAGUGGUUUCUAUGCAGCAGUUGAUGUUGAGAUGUGUCUGUUACUUGAACUCUGUGAAGCAUUAUUUUGGGCUGCAAUUUCUGAGUCUGGUAACUCUAAUGAACUUAUCCUCUGCAGCAGAGGUAACUCUAGGUCUUCCGUUCCUGUGACGUUACUCUUGAGAGCCAGUUUCAUCGUAGUGCUUGAUGGUUUUUGUGACUGCACUUGAAGAAACGUUCAGUUCUUGAAAUUUCCAUAUUGACUGAUCUUCAUGUCUUAAAGUAAUUUCUCUUUGCUUAUUUGAGCUGUUCUUGCCAUAAUAUGGACUUGGUCUUUUACCAAAUAGGGCCAUCUUCUGUAUACCACCCCUACCUUGUCACAACACAACUGAUUGGCUCAAACGCGUUAAGAAGGAAAGAAAUUCCACAAAUUAACUUUUAACAAGGCACAACUGUUAAUUGAAAUGCAUUCCAGGUGACUACCUCAUGAAGCUGGUUGAGAGAAUGCCAAGAGUGUGCAAAGCUCUCAUCAAGGCAAAGGGUGGCUACUUUGAAGGAUCGCAAAUAUAAAAUAUAUUUUGAUUUGUUUAACACUUUUUUGGUUACUACAUGAUUCCAUAUGUGUUAUUUCAUAGUUUUGAUGUUCUUGCUAUUAUUCUACAAUGUAGAAAAUAGUCAUAACUAAGAAAAACCCUUGAAUGAGUAGGUGUUCUAAAACUUUUGACCGGUAGUGUAUAUACAUAUUUAAAAUUAUAUCAAUAUCAAUGUUGUUGCUACAGUAUAGAAGGUUAACAAAAUAAUUUAGAUUAAAGGUAAAUUAAAUGUAAAUGUAUCCUCUCCAGCACCACCCCAACAUCAACAUGUGUAAAAAUAGCACAUUUCUAUGCUUUCUACUAAAAGGUUAAGUGUUUCAGUUUGACACAAGGGGUCAGUCUUGUCCAACUUUAUAUCUUACUAUAAUGUGAGAGCUCAUCAGUUAUGUCUCUCUCUGUCUCUCUCUCGCGCUCUCUCUGUAUCGAUCUAGACUGUUUUAUACAAGUAGUAUAAAACAGUAUAGCAGCCUAAAUACAUAGUAAUAAUAAAUAAUAACAGCAGUGGUGAAUGUG